GCACAGUCGCUGAAAGACCCAGAAAAUGAGUUCAUGCUGAUCGGCUUUGACUUCGAGCACCAGUUGUGGAGUAUAGUGUCAAGCCCUGGCUCAUCAGAUCGAGAAAGAUGAUGACGAGUCCCACUCACUACAGAGGAGUGAGGAGAGGGCCACUGCCUCACACGGCAGAUAAUCCCGGCAAACUCUCCUCGACUCUGAUGAAGACACUGAGACUGGGAGAAGAGGAGGAAGCCUAUCGUCAUCGGGAGUGUGCCACCCGCCAAUGCUCCUGACACUUGACGAGGUCCACGAAGUAGAGAACAUCAGCCACGCCCCCCCACUCCCCCUUGUCUUACUCGAGACCGCUGACCAUAGUGCCUUCAACGACGUGGCAGUCCUCCAGUCCUCCGGAGCCAUUCAGGACGAACCUCCUCAGCCUCCUCUACCACACAAGCUCCCCAGACCUCCAGUUCCACUGACAAUGCCCCAUCAUCACAGACUACAGGACUACUCCAUGUCAGGGAGACUGGGGGGAGUGGGAGGACGUGGAGGUGUGGAGCCAGGGAGUUUCGGAUACAUGCUGGAGAAAGAGAUGAGGUUUGACGAGGAUUUUGCCGGCGGCUCCUCUUCCUCCUCUCACCUCCCUCUGCGAGGAAUCCCGCCCAUGGCUCUCCACCAUCACAGAGACCCCCAUUUACCCAACUCGUCUCUGCUGAGAGACGCCUACGGGCAGCACGCAAAACCCAUCUUCCCCACCCCACACCCCCACCAAGCUCCGCCCAUGUCCGGUCGUCCCUCCACCCUCCACGACAAGUGGGCUGCAGAGCAACGUUCCUGGAUCCACCCCGAGACCGGUACGGCUCUGGACUACGGCGGUGGUCUCCAGCGACCACCGGUGGACCACAUCGGUCUCCCGAUGAUGCACCCCCAUGCCCACCCACACCACUCCGGCAUUGGUAGUCGUGGGGUCAUGGGUCGUCCGUCCUCUCAGAGCUGGGCCAUUGAGAUGGAGCAGAGGAGACGGGUGGAGCUCCAGAGCAUGAGGGAGAGGGAGGCGAGGGAGAGAGGGGCCUCCGCCCGGGAGCGGCUCCUGGGGGGCGGGGACCUCUCCCUCCAUCACCAGGGACUCUCAAAACCAAACAUCUCGCUUCUCCCGACGGCUGUCAUGAGGCAGCUGCACAACUCUAACCCCGCCCACUCCCUCACUGACAUUGCUUCAAGAUCGUCUCAAGCCUCAUCAGCCGACAGAAUGGACCAAGACAUGAGCGGUCGGUCGGCCUACCCUCACUCUGCCGCUGUGGGGUAUGGUUACCCCGAGGGACUGAGUGGAGGGAGAACGGAGUACCCCUACCCCACAGCUCACUCCAGAAUCCCCCAGCGGCCCCAACACAGAGGAGGAAUGGGGCUGUAUGCCCCGCCUCCUCAGUACCUUCCCAUACCUCAUGGUCUGUGCCCCUUUCCCUCUCGCUCUCCUCUCUCUCCUCUAUUUUACCUUCUCUUGCCUUUUCUCUUUCCUUCUUCCUCUCUUUCUCCUCCGCCUUUUCUAUGCUCCCCCUCUCCUCCCUCUUUCUCUCUUCUUUCUCUCUGACUUCUCUUCCGUGUUCCUUCCUUCUUCCAGUCAUUUCCAUUAACUCCAUUUAUGUACAAAUGUUCGUUUCGGUUAUCUAGGUAUGUCGAGCCAGCAGCAAAAUCCGUACCUCCACUAAACCGGAAUCAAACUGUGUUACCAGCGCAUUGAGUGGUGUCAUUAUCUGAUCGCUGAUCAAGUCUCUAAGGAUAGCCGUUGACCUGUUGUAUAUACAUGAAUCGUCGUUGAGUUUUAUAAAUCUGCGCUACAUACAUACAUGUACCUACUUACUGUACUAUAUAAUCUGAGGCCCAUUUUUUCAUCUUCAUUAUAAGCAUUUUCUGUGAUCCAAACUUCCCAGCACCAUAAGAUUUAUAUCAUUGAUGUAACCAUUUUUGAUUUGUGUACGUCGACAUUGCUGUCGGGCCACUUGUCUCCAACAAUGGGAGACUCACUUUCAACAGACGGAGGUCGAAAUGAGCUGGUGACUUGUGUAUUAUUGUAUAUAUAUACCCAAUGGACGCAUGUGUCUGUGUGUGUAACGUAAUUGUUGAACUAAGGGUAAAAUAGAAGUCACUGCACUUUAAAGUCUAGGGCAAGGCACAAUUAAUACGAAAUCUCUUUACUGUCAUUUCAUGUUGAUCAUCACUUCAUCAUCAAUGGUUUUACAUGUGUAUAAUCACAUGCUGGAUGAGAUGUUAUUUCCGCAGCUGCGAAUUUGAAUUAUUAUGCCAACACACAUAAUGAGAAAACGGGCAAAAAAUUUUGCUACCAUUUGCUGUGUUUCUUAGAAAGUCUUUUCUUCUUUCUUUUCUCGUGUCUUCCCUUCCACGCCUUGCUGAGUUUCUCUGCGUAUUUUUUACUGAACACUGGCUUGUCUGCAUCUGUUUCCACCACUAGGGCAUCUUUCCCACCUUCAACCACCUCAUCUCCACCGCCCUCUGUCCCAGUCUUAGCUUCACCUUUCUCUUCUACGACUCCGUCCAUGUCCUCUAUCUUUUCUCUCUGUCGCCUGAGGUGGUGGUCCCAGCAUUUCUUCCUCUCUACGGCUUUGUACUUUUCCCUCCUCACCGCCAAAACUCUCUGCCUUCUCUUGGAGCGAAUGCUUUUUGCCAUCUCUACACCAUGUGCGCUU